UCUUCUCUUCCGACUGGAUGCGUGUCGUUGUCGACACCUGGAUGUUAAAGUGCGCGAGCUGCUGGCCAUGUCGGAGUCUCUGGAGCGGAGCGCGAGGAUCAGCAUGCUGAAGGAGCCGCAGGUGAAGAAGCUCUGCGAGGUGCUGGACAAGUCCAGCGGCAGAGGCUGGAGGAAGCUGGGGGAGAUCAUCGGCAACGACAGGCGCUUUAAAGUCAGCUCGGACGACAUGGAGAUGUGCUCCCUGAAGGUGCUGGAGCUGGAGGGCAGCCCGAGUCUCAUGCUGCUGAGGCUGAUGGGAGAGCGAGGCUGCACUGCCGGACACCUGAUGGACUACCUCAAGACUCUGGGGAACUCAGAGGCUCUUCAGUGCCUGAAGCCACCAGCCCUGCAGAUCCUCAUUCAGCCCCAGCCGGUGGCGCUUCUCUGUGGCCACAACCUGCGUCUGAGCUGCCACGCUGUGGGCAAAUCUCCCGUCCAGUACCAGUGGUUCAAAUCCAAAGAGGAGAUCCCGAACAGCUUCUCUCCGGACCUUGUGAUCAGUCCGGUGCAGCUGAAGGACGCCGGCUUUUACAUCUGCAGGGUGAACAGCGGCGACGCCUUCGAGUUCAGCCAGUGGGCUCAGGUGGACGUUCUGAAUGUGGCCACGCCCUGCGGACAGAGUUAUCAGUCUUUGGAUGGCCGGCUGAAGCUGGUGAUUCAGCCCCAGCCCCAGCGGCUGCACGUGGGCGAGACCCUGCAGCUGGAGUGUGGCGCCGUGGGUCGCCCCAUCCCUCGCUUCCAGUGGCACAAGAACGGCGUUCCCAUCCCCGACGGCACAAAGAGGAAACUCCUGAUCCCUCACGUGACGCAGGAUCACCACGGCAGGUAUCGCUGUGAGAUCAGCAGCAGCACGGAGAGGAUGUGGAGCAGCGAAGUGGACGUGGUCGUAGCACCAAGGAUCUCUGUCCAGAUUUCAGAGGCCAUGGAGUGCUCUGAAGAUGACCUUUUCGCCAUCGGAGGAAAUUCUGAGGAGCAUUUUCUAAACAGUAUCCCUGAUCAACUGUACGCGACUGACAAAGUGGCCCUGCUGAUCGGCAACCUGUCGUACCAGAACCACCCGCAGCUCAAAGCCCCGAUGGUGGACGUGUACGAGCUCACCAACCUCCUGCGGCAGCUCAACUUCAAGGUGGUCUCCCUGCUGGACCUCACCGAGUCCGAGAUGAGGAACGCCGUGGACGAGUUCCUGCUGCUGCUCCACAAGGGCGUUUAUGGACUGCUGUACUACGCUGGCCACGGCUACGAGAACUACGGGAACAGCUUCAUGGUGCCGGUGGACGCGCCAAACCCGUACCACUCGGCGAACUGUCUGUGUGUGCAGAGCAUCCUGCAGCUGAUGCAGGAGAAGGAGACCGGCCUCAACAUCUUCCUGCUGGACAUGUGCCGCAAGAGGAACAUUCACGAUGACAGCACUCCGAACGUCGUCCUGAGGGUUACAGCCAACAUUGUCUUUGGAUAUGCCACGUGCCAGGAUGCUGAGGCCUUCGAGCUCAGCUCCACCGGCUUCACCAACGGCGUGUUUGUGAAGUUUCUGAAGAAGCGGCUGCUGGAUAACGAGAAGAUCACUGUGGUGCUGGACAGAGUCGCUGAGGACAUGGGUCAGUUUGAUGCCACAAAGGGGAAACAGGCUCUGGAGAUCCGCAGCAGUCUGUCAGAGAGGAGAGCGCUGACCGAUCCCAUUCUGCCCAGCGACGGCGCCAAUCUCGCCCACGUGCAUAGCCGCCAGUGGGCGAAAGCUCAUGAUCUUCCUGAGAGCAUGUGUCUCGACUUUGACUGCGGCGCUCAGAUCAAGCUGGGCUUCGCCGCCGAGUUCUCCAACGUGCUGGUCAUCUACACUCACAUCGUCAAGAAGCCUGAGGACAUGUCUUUCUGCCAGGCCCACGUCACGGACUUCUCUCAGGAUCUGGACGUUGAUCCCAAAGAGAUGAACAGAGAGACUCCGGAGGAGACGGGGAUCUACCUGCUGUCCAGCAGCCUGCCGCAGCAUUGCCUCUAUACCAGGAUCAGCUCGCUGCAGAAGCUCAGGGAGGAGCUGGUCUUCACCGUGUGUCUUCAGGGCACCUUCGCUGCCAUGGACGACGGCCAUCCCAUCCACUGGACCAGGAGCGUGAACAUCGGCAAGCCGCUGAUCGCCCGGCUGGACCUGCACCGGGCCGUUCGGCGGAACAGCUGCCUGCAGACCUGCCUGAUCCCUCACAGCCCCUGCCACAGCCCCUGUCACAGCCCCGGGCCGGAGCACCGCCUCCACCUGCACCUGGGCUCCCAGCAGGCCCCGGACUGCAACCGCCUCUCCCCUCAGCACCCUUACGCAGACAUCUGUGAGAGCCUCCCGGGUGCGGCGGGGGGGUGCGGGGAUUCCUACUAUGAGAACGCCGGCCAGUGUCGGUACGGGGCGCCGUUGGAGUCCGGCAGGUUCUCCAGCUCGCCGGACCGGCACAGCAUCCCCAUAGAGGCCGGGGACGAUAUCAACGAGGUGCAGACGGUGUUUAUCAACAGUCUGCAGCUGCAGCAGCAGUGAAGCCGCCUCUGAGUCACUGCAGCUCUUCAACAUGGAAAAGUACAUUUUAGGUCGCUGCUUCAAAGAUUUUGUAGCUUCUUCAUCAUUUCCAUUUAAUUCAGAGAAAAGCUAAGAUCCAGACAGGAGAUCGGUCAUAAUGUAGGUGCAACAGUAUUUCAACAAGGCCAAGUAUGAGCAGACGGGUGGAACAGUAUGAGGAGAAACUUUGUCAAGAAAGUAGGUUUUUUUUGUAGUCUUUUUGGAAUUUUAUCGUAUGUCACACCAAAAUGUCUUACACUGCCAGAUAUUUACAAUCUCUUUCAUUCAGGGGCCUCGCUCAGUGUUUAUAUCACAGCUUUACAGCAAGAAGGGCUGGUUUAGGUUGUGUAAGAAUAGAGAUCAUCUCAAGGACUUACUGUGCCUCGCCCAAUAACUGAGCGUUUGAAACCUGCGAGUCAGGUUAGGGUCACGUUAAAUCUUAGUUUUUCCUAGUUGAGUUUGCAUUUUCUACAUGUGUGGGUUUUCUCUGGGGUUUUGCUGCUUCCUCUUACAAUCCAAAGAGAAAUUUCCUCUCUAGAAAGAGUGUACGCCCAGAUCUUGAUUCAGAUUUCUAUUCUCUAUGCGAGGUAUAACCUGAUGAAUGAAUCGUUUGAAAGGUGAAAUUAAAGGUUUGAGCUGCAGGAGCAACAUUUUUCUCUGCAAUGCAUGUUUAAAACCACGUCCCUUGUUUUGGGACAUAUUAUAAGAUACUGUUAGACCUCACCAGAGGGAGCUGUGUCAUUCUUUCCUGUUGAUGCCUGUGGUUUGUGCAGUUUUGUCCCACCUGCUGGGCGUCAUUGCCCCCCUCACAUUCAUGGUGCCCAGUGGCCAAAUGAGAGCAUUUCUCCCAAAGGAAGGCUCACAAAGUGAAAUCAUUCAAUCAUCCAAGACCAAAGCUUUUAAUUUCAUUGUAAAACCACAAAUCUGAAAAGAACACAGGACCUUUUCGCCUCACGUCAAGAAUAUCAUGGCGGGGUGGGUGGGGGUGUUGGACUGACCUGGACCACAGUGCAUUGUGAUCCUAGAUAAAGCAGCAUCGAAGGUGGACAGAACCUGAAAAACACCAGUGUGUUUUUUGUAGACAUUCAUUUGAGUAUAUUAUGGAGUAGUGCUGUUAUUUCUGUGUAUUUAGCAUCGUCUAAGUAUUGUUCAUGCAACCUGAGCUGUCUUGUCUUCUGUCCUUUUCAAAGUUUAUUAAUAAUUUUCUCAUUUUGACAAAUAGUACCAGUCAUGAUUGAUUGCUUCUUUCACUGAGAUACAGUUCUGAGAAGGCGUGAAGCCGAGGUGUCUUUAAAAUUAGAAAUAAGAACUGUUCGAGCCAACCGAAUCAGCUGCCAGUCACGCUUCUCCUGCUUGUGUGUGUGCUUGUGUGUGUGUGUUCCUACUCUUCACUGUGAAAGUUUCCAGAAGAGUUCAGCUUCAGUGACUUGAGAACAGGUCGCAGCAGGAACUGGGACUUUCACAACUGUUUUGAUAUCAUUUCCUGGGGUGACAGUGAAACAUCACAUCCUGAGGGACAAUCCACCAUGUCAGGCUUCCAGAUGGUAGUGGUGGUAGAUUAAAGGUAAAUCAACUGAAAUUCAUGUGAUGACUCUUUAGAUCCACUGGUCAGCAGUAGUGAGUCAGGUCAGCCCAGUGGAAGCACAAAGUUCCACCUACAGGUAAAAAGAAUGAAUGAAACCAGACCCAAUGCAAUCUUAAAAAAAAAAAAAAAAAAAGUUUUAAUUUGAAU